AUGGCGAAAUUCAUUGGUCAAUUCGGAAAAACUUUGUGGCAACCAAUUAAAUCUCAUUAUACCAAAAAUUCGCAACCUCAGAAUUUCAAAGUGCCCAUUAGGUGGUUAGUAAAGUCGGGUACUUUUCAUCAUCAUCCCUCUUCGCCGCACGAUGAAGAGGAAGAAUUUGAACAGUUGAAAAAAUUCAUCACUGAAUCGGCUCUUGAACCCCAUGUGCCCAGUCAAUCGACACCACUUGAGAUUGAACACGUUUCUUUAGGGGAAAAACCAAUGUUCCAUCUUAAUGACUAUAAACCUGGUCAAGAAGGACAAGGAUUAGAACUUUCGACACACGUUCCCGGACACAUUGGUAAAGAAAUAGAAAAGCAAGAAUUAGAACUUUCGACACACGUUCCCGGACACGACGGUGAAGAAAUAGCAAAGCAAGAAUUAGAACCUUCGACACACGUUCCCGGACACAAGGGCGAAGAAAUAGCAAAGCAAGAAUUAGAACCUUCGACACACGUUCCCGGACACAAGGGCGAAGAAAUGGCAAAGCAAGAAUUAGAACCCACGACACACGUUCCUGGACACAAGGAGGAAGAAAAAUUAAAGCAAGAAUCCUAA